AUGGCAACUGCUGUGUUUUCCUUUAAGAAGAAGGAAUUAAGCGCACUGGAGUGCAAGGAUCCCAAAUCCCGAGGACUGGUGGGCGCGGGAUGGUGUUUAUGUCCGCAGAAGCGUCCAUGCCGGUGUUCCCGGCGGGAUGCCUCCGUCGCUCGCGGGGUGCGGGCUGCAGACAGGGUGUGGGUGCGGACGGUGCGGGACGAGGCGGGAGGCGGCGCGACGUGCCCGCACUCGCCGCCGCGGGCGGGACCGGGCGGGCGGGGGCUCUGCGGGCGGGGUCCCCAUUGGCUCUCCCCGGCGGCACAUGUCGCUGGCCCCGCUAUAAAGGCCGCCGCGGCCCCGCUUGGCAGCCCGUCCUUCUGCCUCCGCGCUUUUCUGGGGACACAGACAGCCGCCGCCAUGGCCGUUGAUGCGUUCUUAGGCAAAUGGUGCCUCAUCUCCAGCGAGGGCUUCGAGGAUUAUAUGAAAGAGCUGGGUGUGGGUAUGGCCAUGAGAAAAAUGGGAAGCAUGGCCAAACCAGAUGUUUACAUUAUUAAGGAUGGGGACACAAUCACCGUAAAAACAGAAAGCACCUUCAAAACAUCACAGUUCAGCUUCAAGCUUGGUGAGAAAUUUGAAGAAAACACAUUAGAUGGCAGGAAAACUCAGACCCUUGUCAGCUUAAAAGAUGAUGGAUCACUGAUUCAGGAGCAGGAAUGGGAUGGCAAGAAGACCAUAAUAACACGGAAGCUAGUGGAUGGACAGUUGGUGGUGGAAUGUGACAUGAAUGGUGUCAAGUGUACUAGAGUCUACCAGAAAGCAUGAAGACUUCUUCAUGUUCAGCAGGAACUUGCUACAAACAACUCAGUUCAGUGGACAGCGUUCCUUUACACUCCAUAUUUUCCUUUUCCCUGUUUUCUAGUAUUUCAAUGGACUGAGUAGCUGAGUGCAAUCCUUUUUAAAAGCCGUGGUGUAACUAUUAUGUAACUAUUCUGAAGUUAUGAAGCUAUUAAAUAAAAUUGUCAAAUAUGUGAAGUGGAAAUGUUGUUACUACAAUGGAGUUUUAAAGUGAGGUUUUAUAAAAACUCGGUUAGGUUUUAGGCUCUACUACAAACUGCCUUCAGUUCAAGAUAAUGUAUUACUUGGCAACGAACAGUUAAUAACAAGCUGAAUUUUGACCAGCAUUCUUAAUUUUAAAAUGUGAAAUAGAAGAAAAACAUUCAUAGUUCAAGCUCCAGAGUUGCUUUUAACCUGCAUGUUACAAAGUAAAUAGAAUUGGUUUGGUACAAGUAAGAGAUAAGCUUUGUUGGUGUUUAAGUAGAGGAAUGUAUUUUUCAGGGAUUAGUUUGUUUUUUCAUGUUUCAAACCCACAAAUUUAUCUGAAAAAAUAUAUACUGGUGAGCCAAUGGACAUGAUAAGAAAAAAUAUACAUGCUUUACUGAAUGGAAGCCUUAUUUUGAGAAGAUUCUUUGUUUUCCUAGCAAAUUUCUUACUUUCUUUCUAGUAACACCAAAAACUCUUAACCAAAAUCUACUGAAAUACUGCCUAAAACGUAAAGCCUCAUUUUACUUUUUUUUUUUUAACUGGCUUGAAACACCUAGCAAUGGAGUUUAUAUGCUUUAAAGUGCCAUAAUAAAUAUCAGAAAUAUCA